AUGAACGGGGACCUGAGCCUCUCUCAGGCCCUGGGCGGACUGCGUAUCGCCAACCCCGACGAUGCCGCUGAGCUUGCCUCUGCUUCUGCCUCUGCGUCCGCAUCUGCUCCCGAGCCUACAUCUACUGCUCACAUCACCUCCGUCUCCGCCUCCACAUCGACGUCUGCCCUCGCAUCUACACCUCAACCGACUGAUACAUCCACCACACCCUCGUCCUACGAUGCCAUCCAUCUCGAUCCUAUAGAUCCCGGCGUCGAAUCUCUACUGACCGAUCCUCGAUUCGCCCCGUCUUCUCAAUCCUCCGACGUUACACCAGAACCCAGUCCCGCCGUUGGCCAUUCGCAACAUUCUUCUCGACCCGAGAUAUCGAGGACAUCCAUCUACGGCAUGCCAAACAUGCCCGACUCAAGACCUGGCCCUUCCUACCCGGUUCGGGAGUCCAGCCAGCGAGACCCCCAACGUUCCUACUCGAAUCGACAACCGUCAUCUCUGCCCCCCGGUGGCAGUCCACUCCCACCGCGUAGGAGCUCGAGGGGAAUGGGAGUCGGAUAUGCAUCUGCUCCUGGAGGGUCUCAAUCAAACCAGGGCUAUGCUGGGGACGCACCUGUCCCCACUAGCAGAGAGGACUGGCAAGAACGCGGCGCUGCUGUGGGUGUUCGCAGGGAGGUUGAUGCUAAUGGCCGUACCAUUGUUCGCCAAGUUAAGAAGGGCGUUAGGGACUUUCAAUUUGGUCGAAUCCUUGGUGAAGGCUCAUACAGCACGGUUUACAUGGCCACCGACCGCCAAACACUCAAAGAGUACGCCGUCAAGGUCCUCGAAAAAAGACACAUCAUCAAGGAGAAGAAGAUCAAGUAUGUCAACAUUGAGAAAAACACCCUCAAUCGGCUUACUGAGCAUCCUGGAAUUGUACGACUAUACUACACCUUCCAGGAUGAAACUUCGCUCUACUACGUUCUCGACCUCUGCAAUGGGGGAGAGCUACUAGGUGUGCUAAAAAAGACUGGCACGUUCGAUGUCGAAUGUACCAGAUUCUAUGGUGCCCAGAUUCUCGACGCUAUCGACUACAUGCACUCUCGAGGCGUCAUCCAUCGAGAUCUGAAGCCCGAAAAUGUCCUCCUCGACGACCAGAUGCACGUCAAGAUCACAGACUUUGGUACGGCCAAGCUGCUCAAAGACCCGCGCGAGGAUGCGUCGGCUGUGACCGCCACUGGCGCACCUGACCCAGGUCGAGGAAAAGGAGACGAAGACGACCGCGCAGCAUCCUUCGUCGGGACGGCCGAGUACGUGAGCCCGGAGCUCCUCACACACAAGAACGCCUGCAAGGCUAGUGAUUUGUGGGCUUUUGGCUGCAUCAUCUACCAGCUGCUGGCUGGUAGGCCGCCAUUCAAAGGAGGUAGUGAAUACCUCACCUUCCAGAAGAUUGUCAACCUGGAAUAUGAAUUCCCCACCGGUUUCCCCCCGGCCGCACGAGACCUCGUCGAGCGCUGUCUGGUGCUCGACCCAGCUCGAAGACUGACUAUAGAACACAUCAAGAACCACGAAUUCUUUGACGGACAGCCGUUUGGAAAGGGACUGUGGAGGUCCAAGGCUCCACGGCUGCGCCCGUAUAUACCACCUGCGCAAGAGCCCACCGUAAUCCAGCUCAAUGGCUUUUCUACGACACCCAAACCCAUCUCCAACGCGAGGGCACCUCCUCCACCCCAGACCACCCCCUCGAAUGGGAGCAGCCGACCGUCACGGAUAAUCACUGAGCUACCACCCCCUACACAACUCGAUAUCGAAUGGUCUCCAGUCCUCACCAAGAACAACGAGCGGAUUCUCAAAUUGGGGGAUCUCAUGGUGAUCUCUACACCCCUAUCCUCAAGCCCCCAUGGAAAAGAAUCUGGGGAGGGACACAAGAAGUUGUCACGAUUUUUCAUCGGAACCACGACAAAGAAGCGUCAACGCCUGGUCAUGAUCACAUCGAGUGGUCGAAUUGUGCUUGCACCAGCUGGAGGUGAGGAGAAGCGAGCAAAGCAAGAGCUGUCUUUACUCAGUCCGGAUUGCACAUGGAGAACCCAGAUUGAUGCCAAGGGCCAGACUGUCUGGUGUGUUGAUACGGGUGGUCACCACUAUACAUUUGAGGAGGCCAAAUCCGCCUCACCUCCGCCGGAAGGUGGAUCUGCCGCUGCUGACUGGGUCGAGUGUCUUGAGCGAGCCAGGGACAUGGCCCUGUCUCAGAGCAUGGCAACGAAUUAUGGAGGCGACAACGGAUUUGCCGACAUGUCGUCACAAGUAUCGAGCCCCUCGAGCACACUUGGAGGCCGAGGGAACUACUCCGAGGGCUUCGGCAUGGGUGGUCAAGGACGCAAUCAUUUGAGCAAAAACCAGGCGAGCGGCGAAGAUCCAGCGCCGAAACGUAACCGGUUCAGCAAGAGGCAAUCAAGAAAUGGACUGGGCCCUGCAUUCUGAUGAGGCACUCGAGCAACGAUAGAGUACGGACAGACUUGGCAGGCUUCUGACUGAUUGACUUUUGUCAUCAAUCUCGCUGGACAUUCUGCCACCACCUAUCACAUUCAGUACAGUUCAUGGCAUUGGCAGCGAGGCGCUUUACUGCGGAGUUUUUCUUCUUCUAGGGGGCUGGCGGAUGCAUUUUCGGUGCAUGUUUGUUUUCUAGCGUUUAGGGAUGGACGGUAUAGGCACAACUACGAGAUGGUCACCGUUCAAUGAAUCGCAAAAGCUCAAGCUUCUGGAUCUCUGGGGGUUCAACUCUGUUCCACCUACGAGGGAGACAUGAUGGGGUGGAAGCAACGACAAAAUUGACCUUGUGUCUGCCCUAGCACAAAGGCGUGGAGCAUUUAGGGACAGGAACGGCUUCUGCAAGCUUACAUACAGGUUGUACAUGGCAAGAAGGUGGUUUAGCAUUCUUGGAACCGAUUGAUAGAUGAUAGUAGCAGGCUGGUCUUUGAACCUGGGCAAAGCGGGAGAGCUGGGGAAACAAGGUGUCCACCCCCGACAACUGCCACCGCUCUUGAUGCCUGGGUAUUGAGCUAAGGAGGGAUAAUAACCAACGUAAUAGCUAUAGAUAUGCAGCUGUAGUUGAAAAGAUUCGAUUGAAGUCG